UGUAUAUAUCUCACUCCCUCCUCCACUUCAUAUAUAUUUGUAAUCCAUAUCCAUUUCCUAUAGUAGUUUUCACUUCUCUUCUCUUCUCUUCUUAUCUUUAAUUUUCCAUCAAUGGAUCAACUAGAAUCUUUAUCCACCAAUAACUCUCUAGUUUCUCCACUCAUCACCACCUUGAUCAUUUCCUCCAUACUAAUAAUUUUUUUCACAACUAUUUUUCCCUCUCUCACAUCAUGUUUCCACAAACUUUAUAGUACUAGUCUCUUUUGUAGUUGUGAAAUUUGCCAAGCUUAUCUAACUUCAAGUUGGUCAAAAGAUUUCAACAAUCUUUGUGAUUGGUAUACUCACCUCCUACAAAAAUCACCCACCAAAACCAUCCACAUACAUGUCCUAAGAAACACAAUAACCGCAAAUUGUGAAAACCUUGAAUACAUCCUCAAAACAAAUUUCGAAAACUACCCAAAAGGAAAACCUUUCUCAACCAUCCUCGGUGAUUUUCUUGGCCGUGGCAUCUUCAACGUGGAUGGUGAACUAUGGAAGUUUCAAAAGAAGAUGGCAAGCUUAGAACUCAACAAAACCUCCAUAAGAUCCUUCGCUUUCGAAGUUGUCAACAACGAAAUCCAUCAUCGUCUCAUCCCUCUACUCCAAAACCAAAACCUCGUUUUCGAUUUGCAAGACGUGUUCAAAAGAUUCUCUUUUGAUAGUAUCUGCAGAUUCUCCUUCGGUUUAGACCCUAUGUGUUUGGAAAAAUCACUCCCCAUGUCGGAUUUCGCUCUCUCUUUCGAUCUCGCAUCGAAACUAUCAGCAGAGAGAGCCAUGGUGGUUUCUCCACUAAUCUGGAAGAUGAAAAGACUCUUCAACAUAGGUAGUGAAAAAAAGUUGAAGACAAGCAUCAACAUCAUUAACAUGUUAGCAAAGGUUGUCAUAAACCAAAAAAGAAAAAUGGGUUUUUCUCAUCAUCAAGACUUGUUAUCCAGAUUCAUGACUACCACAAUUCACGACGACAUGUUCCUCAGAGACAUAGUCAUAAGUUUCUUACUAGCCGGUCGCGACACGGUAGCCUCAUCGCUCACAAGCUUCUUUUGGUUACUAGCAAGAAAUCCUGAAGUAGAGAAAGAGAUUUUACUAGAAGCUGAACGAGUAAUAGGGAGACACGAUGAAAAUGAAAAUAUUUUAGGUGUAACGAAUUUCGAACAGCUUAGCAAGUUACAUUAUCUGCAAGCUGCAGCGUACGAGAGUAUGAGACUGUAUCCACCAAUUCAAUUCGACUCAAAGUUUUGUUUGGUGGAUGAUGUUUUACCGGACGGUACGAGGGUGAAAAGUGGGACUAGGGUUACUUAUCAUCCGUAUGCGAUGGGUAGGUUGGAGGAAUUAUGGGGGGAAGAUUGUUUGGAGUUUAAGCCUCAGAGGUGGUUGAGAGAUGGUGUGUUUCAACCUACAAAUCAGUUCAAGUAUCCUAUUUUUCAAGCUGGGUUGAGGGUUUGUAUUGGGAAAGAAAUGGCUUUGAUGGAACUUAAAAGUGUGGCAAUUUCUUUGCUUAGGAAGUUUCGUAUUGAAUUGGAGGAAACAUCAAGAAAAACAACAGCAACAACGUUGGGUUGUGAUAGUCCUAGAUUCUCUCCUGGUCUUACUGCCACUUUUGCUUUUGGUCUACCUGUGAUUGUUCGUGAAAGAGGAACCAAUUAUGAAGCAUAGUACUAUGUAAUGUUUCUAUGUGUAUGAAGAUUGUCCUUGUCCAAACGGUUUACUACAUGGUAUAUUUUAGAUUUUGACUUUAAAAUUAUGGUCCAUAUAGUUUGAAGAUUGAUUAUGUGAAGUAUAUAUAUUAUUGUUUAUUAUAUCUUAGUUCACAUAGCUAGUACUUUAGAGUAUUUUAAUGGUUAUUUUUGAAAUAUAUUUUGAGUUUAUUUCAUAUUAGGAGGAGGAGAGCUCAUCUUACUUCAUACCCUAUGGUUCAAGUUUUGGUAAGGGUGUAAAUAUGUACCAAUAAGUUGUCAGUAAAAAAAAGAAGUUAUUAGAUGUUGUUAUGAAAUUGAAAGCUCAAAAUUGAGAAAAAAAAAUACAAAUAUAACUAUAUGUAUAGUUUAUUUA